ACUUCCGGGACGUCCUCGUUCGAGGAAAUGGAGGGGAGAGCAGUGGACGGUUUGGCUCGGAGUGGAGAGGAGUAAGAAAAGGAUUUUCGAAAGGAGGUGAAGCAAGGAAGGAUAAAGUGGGGUGGUGGAGCCUGUGGAGGAGGAUCGGAGGAGGUCGGGAAAGUGGAGAAGAGGUCGAGGAUAGUGUGAUUGAGGAGCAGUGAGGAGAGAAAGUAAGGGAACACCUGAGAGGUUAGGGUGUGAAGCAGGAAGAUAAAGGGCCCAGGUUACACGAUGAGAGAGAUGAGCGAGUUGGCAGCAUGGAGUUUCGAGCGACCUGUCGAGAGACAGAGGAAUGUGAUGGUGGCGCGGCAGAUGCGGAACGAAGCGGGGAGUCUUCGCGACGGGUCGAAGGAUCGAGCAAUCGAACGUCUGGCUUGGCGGCACGAGGCGGAGAAAGGCCGGCGCACGUGUAGUUGAGCAGAAAAUUCGGUUGCGGAAGGGAGAAUAAGACGAGGAGAAAGGUAAGCGAUGAUUAGUGCAAGGACAGGUUGCGGAAGGAUCAAAGGUAAAUGUAGAGGUAAAAGAGAUAAGCGUGAUAGGACAGAGAGAAAAAGAGGGGUGCGGAAGAGAAAGCGGAAUAAGGGAGAGGAAAGUAAUAACGCACUUGUUACAGAUUCCAGGAUGGAGCGCGAGGGGAGAACAAUAGCAGAGGCGGUCGAAAGGAUUGUGGAGGAGAAAGUAAGAAAGAUGAUGAGAGAGAGGAAAAAGGACGAGAGGAUGGAGGAGCUGGAGGAGAAAGUAAGGAGCUUGGAGAAAAAGGUAGAAAGAAUGGAGCAAAGUAGAGGCAAAAGAAAGAAAGAGGAAUACGAGGAGAGUGGGACUGAGAAGAAGAAAUGGUGGGCGGGGGUAGGUGAAAGGAACGAGGACGAACUAAGGAAAAGGAAUGUAAUUUUAAGGGUCGAGAAGGAGAAAUAAGGAGGCAAGUGGGAGAAAGUAAAGGAGUUAUUCGCGGAAGGGCUAAAGGUAAGAGUGACGGUGAGAAAGGUGAUUGUGGUGGGGCAGAGAGGAAUAUGAAUGACCAUAUUGGUGAAGCUGGGAAACGAAGAGGAGAAGUGGCGGGUGUUGGAGGCGAGGAGAAAGGCAGGAAACAGCAUAGGGGUAAAGAUCCAUGAGGACAAGUCUGUGGAAAAGAGAGAUAGAGAUAGAGAGAGAGAGAGAGAGAGAGAGAGAGAGAGAGGAGAAAGAGGAGAAAAUGGAAGGGAGGAUACGCAGGAGUACAGGGAGAUCGGAGGAUGAGGAGAUAUCAAAAGAUAUGGAGGAAAAACUUCUAGUGGAGUCGGAUGAGGAUAAGAAGGAUGGAGGAAAGAGAGACUGGGCCAAAUAAGGAGAAGACGAGAUGGAAGGGAUGGAGGAUCAAGGGCGGGGCCGGUGCAGAAGCGGAAGAAGAAGAAGAGGAAGAUGUCCACGGGGAGCUGGUGUUGUUUUAUAUGUCACUUUUGAAUGUUUGAAUGUUAGGUAAUUGUAAGAGGUUUGGGUACGUUCCUCAUAAAAAAAACGCCUUGUAAACCCUACGGGGAGAAACAAUAAAUAGAAUACAAUACUAAAUUGUAGUCUUUUUUUCUUUUAAUUUAUUCACUGCUCCAUGCUUCAGCUACUCGAUCCACCUCAACACAGACCAGAGAAAAAGAACAAAAAAAUACAUUAAAUACCCUUUAUUGUACAAUUCUUUCAUUGAUCUGUAUCUCAGCUACUCGAUCCACCUCGAUACAACCCAAAAAAAGAAAAGGGCAAUAAAAGUGCAAGCUACAAUAAUUAUUGUACAAUAAUGUAAAACAGAAAAUACUUAAAAUAUAAACAAGGAAUCUAUAAAAUGUAAUAUUAAUAAGCUUCAUUUCUUCUCCAAGUUUUUCAUUCGUAUAACCUUUUGAUUAUUCAUCCUUGAGGCAUGUAAGAACUUAAAAAAAAAAAAAAUUAAUUAAUUAAAUGUAUCACUAACAGUAUUCAUGCCUUUACAAAUACACAUGCACCAUCGCACAUACAUACAUACAUACAUACAUACAUACAUACAUACAUA